GAAAAGAAGAUCCAAGAAAUCUUUCACCUGCACUCAGUGUGGAAAGAGAUGGACAUGCAAACGUCAUCUUAAACUUCACAUGAGAGUUCAUUGUGUCAUCGAGUUCAGGAGCCCUGAAAACACAUGAGAUGAUCCACACUGGAGAGAAACCACACACAUGUGAUCAGUGCGGGAAGAGUUUCACACUAAAAGGAGACUUUAUGGCACACAUGAGAGUUCAUUCUGGAGAGAAACCGUACACUUGUGAACAGUGCGGAAAAAGUUUCUCACACUCAGCAAACCUUAAGCAUCACAUGAACAUCCACACUGGAGAGAAACCUUACAAGUGUUCACACUGUGACAAGAGAUUCAGUCAGUCAUCAACUCUGAAAACACAUGAGAGGAUUCACACUGGAGAGAAACCUUACAAGUGUUCACGCUGUGACAAGAGAUUCAGUCAGUCAUCAACUCUGAAAACACAUGAGAGGAUUCACACUGGAGAGAAACCUUACAAGUGUUCACGCUGUGACAAGAGAUUCAUUCAUUCAGGAGCCCUGAAAACGCAUGAGAGGAUCCACACUGGAGAGAAACCUUACAAGUGUUCACGCUGUGACAAGACAUUCAUUCAUUCAGGAGCCCUGAAAACGCAUGAGAGGAUCCACACUGGAGAGAAACCUUACAAGUGUUCACGCUGUGACAAGACAUUCAUUCAUUCAGGAGCCCUGAAAACGCAUGAGAGGAUCCACACUGGAGAGAAACCUUACAAGUGUUCACGCUGUGACAAGACAUUCAUUCAUUCAGGAGCCCUGAAAACGCAUGAGAGGAUCCACACUGGAGAGAAACCUUACAAGUGUUCACGCUGUGACAAGACAUUCAUUCAUUCAGGAGCCCUGAAAACGCAUGAGAGGAUCCACACUGGAGAGAAACCGUUCACUUGUGAUCAGUGCGGAAAAAGUUUCUCACACUCAGCAAACCUUAAGCGGCAAAUUUACGUGACACUCUCCAGGCCUGCAAACACCCAAGAUCCAUACAGCUUGACUCCUCGUGACCCCCGAGGGCAGGGGUCUGCAACCCUCAACAACAAAAGAGCCAUUUCAGACCCUUUCCCACCGGAUAAAACUCUUGCAUUUUAG